ACCUAUUAAAUACACAGACAUAGCGAUAGUUUCUCUAACUUCUGUUAGCCUUGUCAGACACCGUUGAAGAAGCCCAAUGGGUGAAGAUAUCAUCAAAGCAAUUUUAUCAUCAGAUUCCUCCACUAGGUAGUGAAAAUAAAGAAAUAGUUGGGAAUAAAGGCGUGUUACUAUAAAAAGGCAAUAACAAACAUAAUAACAAAGGAGAACCCUGUGAAACGCAAAAAACUUCGUUCUGCUCCUUGAUUAGGAGAAAGAAAGAAGAAAACCACCUUUCCAGAUCUUCCAGUAUUUCCUUUUCUUAACAAAAUCAUGGCGGAGGUGAAGCCCAAAACCAAAAAAGAGAUAUCUCUGGCUGGAACAUUUGCCAGCAGUGCAUUCAGCGCCUGUUGGGCUGAGAUAUGUACGAUACCCAUUGAUACUGCAAAGGUGAGGCUUCAAUUGCAAGGAAAACAAACAGGAGGGGAAGCAUUGAAAUACAAGGGUAUGUUUGGUACGAUGACAACCAUUGCGAGGGAAGAAGGGAUUGCAUCUCUGUGGAAGGGCAUAGUUCCUGGCUUACAUCGUCAAUGCCUCUUUGGUGGACUACGGAUCGGACUUUAUGAGCCUGUUAAAAAUUUAUAUGUUGGAAAAGAUCAUGUUGGGGAUGUUCCUUUACACAAGAAGAUUCUUGCUGCUCUCACAACAGGGGCUGUGGGAAUCACAGUGGCCAGCCCCACUGAUCUUGUGAAGGUACGAUUACAGGCUGAAGGGAAGUUACCACCUGGGGUGCCAAGACGUUAUUCGGGAGCAAUGAAUGCAUAUGCAACAAUUGUCAGACAAGAAGGUGUGGCUGCUUUGUGGACAGGACUUGGGCCCAAUGUGGCACGAAAUGCCAUAAUUAAUGCUGCUGAGUUGGCAAGUUAUGAUCAAGUGAAACAGACUCUGUUAAAGCUUCCAGGCUUUUCCGAUAAUAUUAUUACACAUUUGCUGUCGGGACUUGGGGCUGGCUUUGUUGCAGUUUGUAUUGGCUCGCCAGUUGAUGUUGUAAAGUCAAGAAUGAUGGGAAACUCUAAAGCGUACAAAGGCACAAUAGAUUGCUUUGUGAAAACUUUAAAAAAUGAUGGCCCCCUAGCAUUUUACAAGGGGUUUAUUCCCAAUUUCGGGCGACUUGGAUCAUGGAAUGUUAUAAUGUUUCUGACUUUGGAGCAGGUGAAAAAGUUCUUCACCAGAGAAGUGCCGAGUUAGUUCAUUAUAACAAUAUGAAUAAUUAACCUUGGAUCAGAAUAAUAUCUGGUUAAUGCCUUCUAGGUGCAUUCAUUCUUAUUUUUGAGAAUCCUCCUUCAUCUGGCACUUGAAGUUAUUACAUCCAAACUCAGUAAGGCUUUAUUAUUUGGUUAAUAACCAAAUUUUGCAGCUGCAUUUUUGAUCAAUUUCAUUGAAUUAAUUCAAUAAGCUCGUGCAUUCAUUUGGAAGGUGCAUUUUUCUGAAAUCUUCCAUCAUGUACUAUUUUAACUUAUUUUGAAUGAAAGUUAACAACUACUUGUUCCAACUAUAUGAGUAGAAGAAGUUGUUCUACAUUUAAUAAGCCAUGGAGACAUUGUUAUUUUGAAUUUAAUAAAGGGCUUCAGAAUGUAUUAGAAUAA